UUGUAAUCCGCUGUACGAGGGCAACAGGGAAGGUCAAACUGGAGGCCAUGAAAGAGGUUGCUUUAGGGUUCGCUCCAUCGGGGACGAAUGUCACGAAUCUUCCUGUCGGUCCCCUUCUAAUGGCACUUGCAGAGGAUUUCUGCGUUCAAAAUUCCCACUUGAAGGCGAGGACCCAGAAGGGCAGGACAAGCGCGCCAGAGGAAGCGACAAAUAUAUGCUUUGUUAUAUAAUAUAGGAGAGAGAGAGAGGACGCGGAGAGUCGUGACUAUCUUGAAGGGUUGAAGAAGGUGCAAUACUUUUACCAAGCAAGAAAGAAACAACGAAAAUGCCAAAUAUUGUCAUGUUGUAUUUGAGCUUUCUUCAUGUUUCUGAUCAUUCUGUGUCAGAAUCAUGUGAUUGUUUCUAAAAAUAGAAAUUGGGAUAGCUGAUACAUGGGGUUUGAACCAGAUUCGUCGAAGCGAAAGGUGUUCUGGGUGCAGGAUGAUGCAUUAGGGGAGGAGAUGGCGAUGAGCAAAGAGAUAGAGGUCGUCAAGGGUGCCGCUGCUUCCCCCGCGGCUGUCCAACUGCGGCUGCCUGACGUUGGCCUAGUCCUGAGGAAUUUUGUUAGAAGUAGAGAAGUAGGAGAGUUCCUCAGCGGUGCAUUAGCUGGUGCCAUGACUAAAGCUGUUUUGGCUCCUUUGGAGACCAUCAGGACACGAAUGAUCGUUGGAGUUGGAUCCAAACACAUCACCGGCAGUUUUCUCCAGAUCAUUGAAGAGAAUGGUUGGCAAGGCCUUUGGGCUGGAAACACGAUCAACAUGGUGCGAAUAGUACCAACCCAGGCAAUUGAACUCGCGACUUUUGAAAGUGUUAAGCGAAUGUUAACAUCGGCACAAGAGAAAUGGAGAGAUGAGGGAAAUCCAAAGUUGCAAGUUGGCAGUAUAAAGAUGGAUCUGUCGUUCUCAUGGCUCUCUCCUAUUGCUGUUGGUGGUGCUGCGGCUGGUAUUGUGAGCACAGUUGUUUGCCACCCUCUUGAAGUAAUUAAGGAUCGUUUAACUGUGAAUCGAGAGAUCUACCCAUCCAUUAGCCUUGCCUUCAGUAGAAUAUACAGAGAUGAUGGUGUUAGGGGCUUAUAUGCAGGCAUAUUUCCAACCCUUGUCGGCAUGCUUCCUUACAGCACGUGUUACUAUUUCAUGUAUGAGAAAAUAAAGACAUCAUAUUGUCGGUCAAAGAAGAAAAAGAAUCUGAACCGUCCUGAGCUACUAUUGAUUGGGGCUGUUUCAGGCUUGACGGCGAGCACCAUCAGCUUCCCUCUUGAAGUCGCGAGAAAACGGCUCAUGAUCGGAAAAAUGCAGGGAAAAUGCCCGCCCAACAUGGCGGCUGCACUCACCGAGGUUGUUCGGGAGGUGGGCUUUCUCGGGCUCUACAGAGGCUGGGGGGCGAGCUGCUUGAAGGUCAUGCCCUCAUCUGGCAUUACUUGGAUGUUCUACGAAGCAUGGAAGGAAGUUCUGCUUCUGGAUAAAUUCAAGCAAUAACAGCCAAAGCUGUGCAGAUUUCCUCAAAGAUUCUUAACCAUGGAUUUGGUGGAUCUAUUUUACUCAUCCACCUAUUAAGAUAUUGAAAGUAGAAGGCAGAGGGGGACAUAUUUUGUUAUAUUCUGCAUUACCACACGGCUCACCAAGGUUCUUUAUUAGAAUCAAAACUAGCAAAGGUCUCAUUCGGUUACUUACAGGUUUGUUGUGUUUUGAGGGAGUUUGAAAGUGAUUUUAGAGUAGAAAUCAGAAGAUCUGGUAAUGGAGUUUAACAAAUUCAGUAUUUCAAAAGCAAUUUUUUUUUUUUUUUUACUGAAGCAAACAGAUGAGCCCUGAGAUGAUUCAGAUGUGAUUUUUUAAGUUUUGAUAAUUGAAAUUAUUGAUUU